AUGAGCUGCAACACCGCCAACGAAGACCGCGACAAUCGCGACCCCGCACCAGCACCCUCUGCCUCGUCUGGCCUCUCCGCCGUCGAUGGCGAUGCCACCAGCCUCUACGAGUACAUCAACCGCGAUAAGGUCUGGGGCGCCAACCUCGAUCCGCCCGAGUCGGCCAAACACGUCAUCAAGCCCUGGGAUCAGCGCCUCACCGCAGAGCCAUCCACGCAGUCCAACGUCGACGACCAGAUCGCCAUCACCGUCCCCUUCACCUGCCCCGUCCGCCUCAAGUCCAUCCUCAUCAACACCGGCACGGGUGACUUUGCCCCCACGCGCUGCCGCGCCUUUGUCAACCGCCCGGAUGGCGUCGACUUUGACGAUGUAGAGGAUGCCACCUCCCAAGACCAUCCCGCUCAGCUCUCGCCGCUCGCCGCCGCUGCUACGCUCGGCAGUGUGGCGAGUGGCAAGGCGCAGGCCGACUUUGCGCUCUUGCGUGGCCAGGACGGCGUCGUCGAGUAUCCCGUCAGCGUGGCGCGCUUCUCUCACACCACCUCCAUCACCAUCGUUCUUUCCCACUCCAACGCCACCACCCUGUCCCGCUUCUUCUACCUCGGAUUCCGAGGCACCGCGCUCGUUCUCAAGGCCGAGCCCGGCGAGAGGCUCAACAUCGGCGCGGCCAAUGCAGCCGACCGUCCCGUCGAUGGCGUCCGUGAAAAGCGCGGCGCAAGCCAAGGUCUCGCAGGCGGUAGCGGCCGGAGUCCGCGCUACGUCGUUGCCAGCCCUCGAGCGGCAGGUCGCAUCGCAAGGAUGGCCGAGGGCCCUGCAUCUCCCAACAGAAGCAGCGAAGGAACGCCGCGACGCUCACCGAGAAAGAACAGGCACGCUCAACACGCCGACUCGCCCUCCACAACGCCCACGCGCAAGCGCACACGCCAGUCCUCGGGCGCAGCUGAUGCCGACGACGACUCGACGACGUCCACGCCUCGUGCCCCUCGCAGCGCAGCCAAGACGCGCACUCCUGCCAACCCGCCGGCUCCACUGCGCGCGCCUCACACCGCACCAUCCGCUCGCGAGCGUCCUUCACUCGCUGCGCCAUCCGCAUCUGCGGCCACAUCCUCGAACGCCGACGCAGAAGUGCGUCGAACUGCGUCAACAGCAUCGACGAGCGAAGGCGCACCGCACCGCCGCCGCUCGCUCUCGCAGCCGCCACCCAACGAUGUGCUCCUCCGCCAGCUCCAGUCCAGCGCCAUGACGCCCUCGGCAAAGUAUGCGUUGACCAACACGCCCGCUCGUCGCAUCCUCGGCACGCCUCGACGCGCGAUCCCCGGUUCCGCUUCCGCGUCCGCUUCCAAUCCGUUUGCGGCCGACGUGCAGACGCCCGCCACGGACAAGCGACGCAAGCGCGGCAACGAUGCGCUGCUGGCGAGCGCGCAGCGCACGCGCGAGCGACGCCAGUCGGCACGCAAGAGCUUGCUGUGGGGCGGUGUGGGCGGCUGGGCGGGCGGGCGCGAGGAAUCGCCCAUGGACCUGCUCCGGCGUCUGGCGCGCGCGCCGGGAUUCGUGGCGCCACCUACGCCGUCGCUGGACUCGAUCGCCAUGCCUCCGCCGGGUGCACGACUGGGCAGGGCGAGCAGCGCCAGUGAAGUUGACGCCUCGACGUCCAGCCUCGGAUCGCGCGCACGGGAUCGGGCGCGAGACAGCAUGGCGAGCAGCUCGACGCGCUCCAACCGCUCGUCGCUCGCGAGUCGGGCGACGAUGCUCGUGCCCGGUGAGAGUGUGCCUGGCGACCUGACGCGCGACAGCAAUGUGAGCGACUCGCUCGACGUGGACGAGUCGAUGGCGUCGAUCGGCUCGCCCGACGAGCGGUCAAGGUCGCGGUUGUCGGAUAUCGGCAUCCCGCGCAGGACGUCGGGCAUGGGCAUGGUGCGCGGCGGCAUCUUUGCCGCCAUGGCGGAGCGGCCCAAGCAGUCGCGUGUGUCGACGGGAUCGCGCGUCUCGUUUGCAGACCAGCUCUCGCCCGCCUCGAUGCGCUUCGACGACAUGUCGAGCCGCAGGGAGGACGAGCUGGAGCGCUCGCUUCAGCAGUCGCGCGGCGCGGAGAGCUUUGUGUCGGCGUCGGGUAUCGACCUCGCCACGCAGCGUGCCAUUGCACGCCUCGACGAUCUCACGCGCCGCAGCUUCUUUUCUGACGACGGCGGACUGCACCUCGACGAGGACGACGAUGACGCCAGUGCAGAUGCAGACGCGAGGCGCAGGACGAGUGUGGGCAGAUCCAUGUCCGAGCCGCUCGAGGGCGAGGCGGAUGGCUCGAUCGUCGUGUUUGAUAACGUCGACGACGGGUAUGGCAUGCAUGUGGAGGAGGACGAGGUGUCGGAUAGCCUGGCGAUCGAAGGCGACGACGAUUCGGACGGCGAGGUACGCAGGCUGGAAGAUGGCUCGUUGUCGCGCGAGGCGAUGGGACGAGAAGACGCAUCCGGAAGUGGCGAUGACAGCCGCGUGUCGCGCGUCUCGUUUGCCGACCAGGACGAGGUGUCGUUCCAGGUGGACGAUGCCUACUCGGACGACGACGAUGUGCAGUACGGUCUGUCGUCGAUGCAGGAGGAGCUGGACGACGAUGACGAAGAGGACGGCGAUGAGCGCGAUGCCUCUGCGCGUCGACUCGACCUGCUGGACGCCAAGGACCUGAAUGCUUUGCUCAAGCGACGUAUCGUCAAGAAGCGGCGGGCGCGCAAGUCGCCGCACACGGGCAACGCGGUUCCGCCGCUGCCGGCGUCGAUCAUGCGCGACAUGUUUGCGUCGUUCCUGACACCUGCUGCGUCGUCGUCGGCCUCGCUGCUGAGCAGCUCGGGCUCGGCACCGGCCAAGAAGGCCAAGCUGGACGCGACGGUGUUGGACGAGCUGGAUGCGGCGGCGCACGACUUUUUCGCCGACUUUGCGGCGAAUCUGUUGCAGCAGGCCAAGGCUCGCACGAGCCGACGCGCGGGCGAGGGCAUGUCGAUCAACGAGGCGGAUGUGGUGGGCGUGCUCAAGAGACAGGGCCGCGUGACGCAGAGACACGACGCGAGCUCGCUCGCGCACAGGCUGAUGCCGAGAGAGCUCACGGAUCAGAUGGAGCUCAGCAGGUGGGCCAAGACGGGAACCGUGCAGACUACGCUCGGCUUCAGCGCCAAGAAGAAGAAGGCGAGGGCGGAUAAAAGCAUGGCCGAUACCACGGCGGCUAGCAGUGCGGUGCUCGAGGACGAGACUAUGUAG